AUGAUUGUUCCGCACCUCUCGGUGGUGGUGCUGCCGGGUUUCAGUUUUCACCACCCAUGGGCGAGGUUGCUGAAAAAUCAGCCCGCGCGGGGCGCUUGGCCUUUCCAGCUUGCACUCCUUGCACUCCUUGCGCUCCUUGCGCUCCUUGCGCUCCUUGAAGCCUUCAAGCGGGGAAGCCCCAAGGGCCCUUUUGGCAUGAAAGCUCGGAGCCGAGGCUACCGGCUACCGAAGGAGGGCAGCGAUUGCACACCGCAGCUGCGGCCGCUGCAAGGGUGCCAAGAGCCGCCGCUACCGCCCUGGUGCAGCUCGGAGUUUCAGGAACGCCGGCAAAUCCACGAUGUUGCCCAGCUGCCGCAGUUGCGACGCUGGCUUCAUGCAGCUGCCAACAUUUUCGUUCCUUCUGCUACGAGAACUGCUACGAGCCCGAGAGAGACAAAGACUCGUGCUCGAACUUUCACUCGGUGUUGCUUUGCCAGGGCCAGCUAG